AUUGCAAACCCUGCAGAACAAGAAUCUGCUCCGUUCUUUUUUUAUCAAAGUGCCCUUGCUUGUUAUUAACCAUAGUAAUGCUCCAUAACUAUGUCUACGGCCUCUAAAUUUGUUUUGGGAUUAUCGAUAGUACUCACUAUCAGUACGGUUGCAGGUGUUCAUAUCAAGCAGAGCUGGGAGAGACAGAGGCUGCACGAGGGUGUUUUGCGGGAUUUGGAGCGCGUGGCGCGCAAGCGCGAGAACCUGCGCACGCUAGAGGAGCAGAUCCAGCUGACCAGAGAGCUUGUGGCCAAACGCGACCAACGAGAGGCUGAAACGGCAGGAACAGACAAUUCAUAAACCCACAGUGUACGGAGGUACAACUUAAUUACAU